AUUAACUGAUUGACAAUUCUUUGGUGAAUUGACUGGAUAUUACUCUUUUUUCCUCUAUAAUUGCAAUGUUUCUUUUUUUACUAGUUAAUUUAUUUUGUUUAGAAGUCUGAAUACAUCCUUUUCUUUUUUCUGCUUAAUUAAUGCAAAUGUGGGCAUUUCAGCUAAAGCUGAACAACUAUUUACAUAUUUGAGAAUUGUGAGAAAUGUUUCAAGUUCAAUAUGCUGCUUUCCAUUUAAAAUUGGACCAUGGAUCUGCAAGAUUUACGGUGCCCUGGCUCUAUAAGUCACCAUGUUACAGAUUUUUCUGUUUUUAGUGCUUGGUCAGCUCUGCAAUAUUAGCUUCAACCACGAUAAUGUCCAUCUUGAAACUCAAUACAGAUUUUUAAUCAGAGCAAAGAGUUAGAUGUUAGAAUGGUGGUUUUUGGUAAAUCUUAGAAGUAUAUUAUGUAGCAUUCGUUCUGAGUUUUCGUGAUUACCCCUUUAUUUACUUUGAUAUGAAUCUCUAAUUGAAAUGGGUCCUUUUAUACUUUCAUCUUUCGUCAUUAAAAUGACAGGGUAAUCUUUUCAUUCAGGGCAUGUAAUGUCUUGUCUCUUCCCAUGCUUCAAGUUGUGCCCAUUCUAAUGGAAUAAAUCGUUUUGCUCAUCCUUAAUGACAGCUCAAUCAAUUCCUCUUUUUGAGAUGGCAUUUACCAGAUGUACAGUUAUUUUGAUUUUGUCGUUUGUAUGGUUGAAAAGAAGCAGACAGCCAAUAUUUGGUACAUCAAGUGUCAGAAAACUAUUGGUUCUAAGAGCAUUCAUGGGAUACCUCUCAUUGUUGAGUUUUAUUUAUUGCAUUCAAAGAGUACCUCUUUCUCAGGCAAUCAUGUUGAACUUUACUACUCCAAUUGUGGCUGCAGUUGCUGCAAGAGUCAUAUUGCAUGAGAAGUUAAAAAUUGCAGAAAUAGGAGGUCUUGCUUGCAGUUUCUUUGGCGUACUUUUUAUCUUCCGGCCAGUGCUCAACAUACAAGGCUCAACUGAAGCUGGAGAAGCAAAUAUUUCUUAUGUCAAGGGAAGUAAUCAUUUAUAUGCAGUUCUAGUUGGUUUAGUUUCAUCAACAGUUGGCGGAGUUAGCUACUGCUUUAUAAGGGCUGGAGCUAAGGCAGCUGAUCAACCUUUACUCACUGUCUUUGCAUUUGGCUUAUUUGCCACUCCUGCUGCAGCAAUAUGUGCAUUCAUCUUUGAAGGUUUUGUGCUUCCUGGUUUUUAUACUCUUCUUCUGAUGGUGAUACUUGGUUCAUUAGCUUUCUUGGCAGAGAUAACUGUAGCACGUGCACUUCAGCUUGAGAAAACCAGCAAAGUUGUGAAUAUUCUGUAUCUUCAGGCUGCUUCAACUCAAUUGCUUGGAAUGAGCUUAUCUAGAAUAGUUCCAACAUUUGGUAGACUAGUUGGCUGUACACUUAUCUUGAUUUCAGCAUGUUGUACUAUGUACGUUGGACCCGAAAAAGAGGUUGAUUGAAACAUUUUGUUGUUGAACUCAAUCUGUCGAGGAUAUAUUCACCCCAAUUCGGUGCAGAAAAGACUCUUUUGUGCUUGCCUUCAUGCCAAAAGGGUUUCAAUACCACCUGUGACUUUACAGCUCCUACCUGCGUAUCAGCGACAGCUUUAUUGUGCAAAAUAGAGAUGACAAGGAUAUCAAUAUAGACUGUACUAUAGAAUUUGUGACCAUCUUGUAUUUUUUUUACUCUGGGGGGAGUUUUGCAGGCAACAGCUUAACAACGUGCUAAUUUUGCUGCUUGCUCAUUUUUGCAUCUUCUUGUCCUAAUUCAAAACGAUUUUUUAAGGGUCAAAAAAUAUAAAGAUGCUGUUUCUUUGUCGAGAA